AUGAGGAGAGAUUUCGUCAAUUUGGUGACACCGAGAGUCAUAUUCCGCACAUUUCUAUGUAAAUCCUGCUCGUUUUCUCCAAUUCUUGAUUUAGAACUUGUACCAGAUAGGUUUAGGUUAACUGAAGAAGAGGUCUCAAGAGUCAAACAUGUUGUUUCAGAGCUUCUUCCGAAAGAAAGAGAUGUUAAAGACUUAGAUAACAACAAUGUUCAUGUCGUGGUGCAGCAAGUAGUGAAUAUAAUAGAAGCUGCAGCUGGAGAACUUGCAUGCCAUGCUGUUGUUGCUUCCAAGUUGCAGAAAUUCUUUCUUCUUGCUAAUAUUGACAUUGAGGGAAGUGUAUUUUUUAACAAGUUGGUUGAUGUUUGGUGGUGUUUGAGAAAGAGAAGUGUAUCUCUAUUUGCGAAUGCAUCUCAAGCUUAUAUAAAUUACCUCUCACAUUCAUCUUUCAAGUUAUGGGGUAGUCAAACAGAAGGUCAAAAUAGUUAUAGUUAUACCUUGAAAGCUACACUUCAUGUCCUGCAUAUUAUCCUUAACUGUGGGGUGGAGUUAAAAGCUCCCCUUGAACCUGCACUUUCAACAGUUCCUUUGUUGGCAUGGAAAGUAACUCCUCAACUAUUUGCUCGGUUAAGCUCUCACCCUGAAGAAGAUGUUAGGAAAUAG